CAGAACAGUUUCUGUCAAGCCAGUUCGUGUGGUUUCGUUUCAUUUAAAGGGAGACUGUCACUCUGUGCAGUCGAGAACUUGGUAAAAAGCUGAUUUAUAAAAUGACAAGAGCCAGGCUUGAUUCAAGUUGUCCAUAAGGAGAGUGCACAAGAAAGUUCAUGCAAAGAGGACUUGGACUUGCCUCCUCCAGGGGGUGUGUGUGUGAUCUGUGCUCAGCAAAUGAAAGGCUGUAUGCAUGCAUAUGGAGAUUUAACAACUUUUCAGUUGUGUUAAUUGUGAAGAGAUCUGACCAUUUACCUGAAGGCACAGCACAACCUUGUUUCUAGGAACUUCCAGAGGUCAUUGCAAGAGCUGGUGGACCUCAAUUGCUUCUACAUUGGUGCCAACUGCAGGGGGGGUUGAUGGAUGCCUUCUGUUAACUGGAUAUUCCAUCCCAUCCAAAGUGCUUCCAGGACCCAUUGAUAAGGGAUUGAGAUCCAUCUAUUCUUUACAUUGGAUGUUUUGACCUGAUCUCUCUUGAGAAGCCAACUGUAGACUACUUUGGACUUAGGGGAAGUCUCUCAGCCUUACCAUGAGGACCCCUACAGUGAUGAUCAUUGGGAUGGUGUUUGCUCCUUGUGGACUGGUACUGAACCUCACUUCAACAGUGGCCCCUAACUGGAGGCAGAUUAGUGGUCUUAAUAAUAACCCCUCCGAUACAUCAUACCACCAGGGUCUCUGGGAUAUCUGCAUUCAGAUUUUGGGCUCAAGCUCCUCUUCUAACUUUAAUUGUGGACAAAGCAACACAGCUUACUUCAGCCUACAAGAAGUACAGGUUGCCCGGGGUUUAAUGAUUGCAUCUCUGGUUGGUACUGCCUUAGGUAUUGCUCUAGCAUCUCUUGGUGUCCGCUGUUGGCGAGAUAUACCCAUCUAUCUGGUGGCUGGGCUCGGUGGAUUGGUGAUCUUCAUCUCCGGGAUACUAAGUCUCAUUGCUGUCUCUUGGUACAACAAUGAUAUGUACACCAUGGGAGGAAUAACUAAUCUGGCUAGCACUUCUACCAUCCAAGUUGACUAUGCCCUGGUGCUUGGGUAUCUGGGAAGCUGUAUGGAGAUUAUAGGUGGCUUUUCGCUUUCUUUGAGCCUUGUUCACAACUGCAAGAAGUGCAUGGAGAAACGAGGCAAGUCACCUGCUGCCAUACAUUACAGGAAGAAGAAUAAGUACGCUCAGAAUCCCAUUAAAACAACUUACCCAGGGUCAACGGUCUACAGUGUGCGUGCUGAUAGCCCAGCUAGGGACCACGGUGCCACCAACUUGGGCUACAGUAUAGGCAAUGAUAACUAUCGGUAUGGGGAUGGCGGCCGGCGUGCUAAUUCUGUGGUCACUAACCCCAGGUCCUACACCAACUCCAUGGAUGUCAGGGAAGGCGAGCGUCCCAGAAGCUAUGGGAGACCAGAAAGCCAAUUGAGCUCCCUGCCAUGUGACUCUGAUUUGUUGUGAUUGACCCCAUAAUGGCAGAGAAGGGUUCCGCCAUCAUGCUAACUUGCACAUUUUGGACAUUUAAUAGUCAGAUGAACAAUACUACUGAAAAGUAACAAAUCAUGAAGGAAUAAAAUGUAAAAUUAUGCUUUUUAAAAUUGUAUUAUUUGCAAAUGUUUGUGUUUUUUAUAUUUAACAUGGAAACUUGUUCUAUGAAGAAAGAGGAUUGUAAAAUUUGAAUUUGCCUUAAAAAGUGCCAUAACGCCAAUUAACUGUGGAGACUCACGUAGACGGUUCAAAUGAAUGUGUGUCCAAGCCUCCAAGGUUCAGAUGUUGUGACUCUUAUUUUUCUCUACUUGUGACAUGUGUACAAUUGAAGUG